UAUGAUAUGAAGCUCAACAGAAUUAAUAUUAAAAAGGGAACAAAAGUUGCCGCAAAUAAUAAUAUAGGUCUAUUAAAAUAACGUGCAAAACUAGAAAAUCCUUAUCAACGUGCCAAAGUUUCUACUCACCCGCUAGUCCACCCUUCGAGGGAGCUGCUUCUGAACUCCGAGCUAUGGACGGUAUCGAAAACCCGGAGACGAAUGGUGAAUUUGCAUUUGAGACAGACCAUCUCGCGCUGCGUGGAAAUAAGGACUACAAUGAUUUGUUGAAAUAUAUUGUUGUGCUUGAAUCCCAAAGAGUUGCCGCUUUAAAAGACAUAGAGGAGUUGACUGAAGCACGAAACAAGGCGCUGGAGGAACCAUUGGAGUUUGUUCAAAAGCUACAGGCUGGCACAAUUCAGUUUCCGCCUCGGCAUCACAUCAGAGAGAUACCUACAAUAGACUGGGACCAAUACGAAGUAGACAAUGCUCAUGAUAUUGAUGAAUUUAAUAGAGACAUUAAACCAGAUAUUUCAGAAGCUGGAUUGAAAGUGCGUGGGCGAAAAUACACUGACAGCAAGCCGGAGACUUUCAAUCAGCUUUGGUCGUGUGAGGAACAAAAAAGAUUGGAAGAACUUUUAGAAAUUUACCCUGAAGAACCAAUAGAAGCAAGGCGGUACAAAAAGAUUGCCAAAGCACUUAGAACUCGUACCCCUAUCCAAGUAAUGAGUAGAGUGCAAAAGUAUUUUGCAAAAUUAGCUAAAGCCGGCUUGCCCAUACCGGGACGGACACCCAAAGGUGUGGGGCGGGAUAAAUGCAAGUCAAUUCUUUACAAGAAAUCAAAUUUCUUCCCUCAGCUGCAUGUACCUGUGAAAAUGGAAGAUAUGUAUGAUGUUGCUGAGACUCCAUACACAGCAACUUCGGCCACAGCCACUGAGACAAAAGUUGGCAACAAACACAUAGUGGAGUUGUUACGGGCGGCUAAACAACAGAGGGCACUGGAUGAAACUGCACCUGUGUACCAGAAGAAUACUAUGUGUGUUGGCUGCCAGGCUAAAGGUUUCCUGGGUGCACGGUGGACUGACAAUGCAGGCACAGAUUACUGCACAGACUGUGUUGUAAAGCACUUACCGACAGAAAAAUUGACCCCAGUUCGGAUACCAUUGGAUUCCAGUACUGUCCAGUCAACAUCCAGUACACCAGAGAAAUCUAGACAAACACUUAAUAAUAAAUGGUGUUAGAUUUAUAAUUUAUAGGACAUUAUGCCAAAAUUACGCUGACUAGCAUUAUAACAUGCUUAUAUAUUCUGAUUUUUCAAGAAGGAAUCAUAAACUGUAAUUUAUUUUUUCUGUAUAGUAUUUACAAUACCUUUUAAAAGAUGACAUAGUAAUGACUAGGUACAAAUAAGGAAUACUUUCAAGACUUGUUCGUUAACAUAAUUGUGUUGAUAAUUUUUUUUUAUCUUACAACAACUGUUUCAUGCAGUUUUAAGCAUUUUUAUGUUGUGUAUUUAAAACUUUACCAUUUCAAAACUAUGUAUUUUUAACUUGGUUGUAUCUAAGUGUAACUGUACACAUACAUAUAAGUAUUAAGCAUAAUAACAACUAUUCUAGUGUAGGUUAUAAAAAUCCUAAUAUACAUUUUAGCCCAAUAGCCUAAUAAACAAGACAUACAAACGAAAUCAAUUGGACUUCAUAUUUUAAUGUAUGUUAUUUUUCUCUAGUGCACUAUAGUUACCUAUUUAAAAUCAGUUUGUGCUUUAAUCAAUUUACAAUAAUCAUUUUUGUGAUUUAAUGUUAAUAAAUUUAAUUUAAAU